AUGCUCGCCGCAGCAAAGAAGGCCGGGGUCCUGGGCGGCCUGGCCGUGGCCUCGGGUCUCGGGACCGUGGCCUACUGUGAGCCUGACAGCAAGUACUUUGAUCCCGAGGCCCUGGAGAGAGGUGCCAAGGCCUUACGGGAGAUCAACCAGUCCCCCUAUGCGAAAAAGGUGUUUGAGCAAAUCAAGGCUCAGGAGGCCACGAAGCAGGCGGAGCUGAAGGCCAAGGAGGCAGAGUUCAAGGCCGAGGCCGAGAAGGCCUCCAUCCAACACGAGCGGGUGCGGUGGGAGGAGCAGCGCAAGGCCAUGCAGCAGGACUCGCAGCAGAAGGCCCAGCUGGCACAGUACCAGGACGAGCUGGCGCGGAAGCGCGCCGAGGCGGAGCACGAGAAGCAGCGCGCGCGUAACGCGGAGUUGGUGGCGCUGCAGGACGAGUCGCACCGGCGCCAGGAGGCGGAGCGCGCGCAGAUCGCGGCCCAGAUCGAGGCGGAGCGCCGCGCGACCGAGGCCUACAAGGCGGGGCUGGAGAAGGAGGUGCAGCGCGAGCGCGCUCUGGCGGAGGCGGAGGGGCGCACCGCGGAGCGCCGCGCCAACGCCGACCUGUACCGCAGCGAGCUGGCGCAGAAGCUGGAGGAGGAGCGGCGGCGCCUGGUGGAGGGCAUCAACACCGUGUUUGGCAACCUGGGCGCCGCGGCGGCGGGCCUGCUGGGCGACCGCGACCGCCUGCUGGCCGCGGUGGGCGGCGCCAGCCUGCUAGCGCUGGGUGUGUACGGCGCGCGGGAGGGCACGCGCGUGGCGGGCAAGGCGGUGGACCGCUGGUUUGGCACGCCGCGCCUGGUCCGCGAGACCUCGCGCCGCCCGCUGCUGGGCCUGCGCGCCGCGCCGGGGUCCAAGUCCGCCGAGGCCGUGCGCCGCGACUUCUCCGACAUCGUGCUGGAGCCGCGGCUGCAGGACCACGUGCGCGCGCUGGCGGCGGUGACCGCCAACACCAAGCGCCACGGCGCGCCCUUCCGCCACAUGCUCUUCUACGGGCCCCCCGGUACGGGCAAGACUCUGGCCGCCAAGCGCCUGGCCCGCACCUCCGGCCUGGACUACGCCAUCCUGUCCGGCGGAGACGUCGCCCCCCUCGGCGGCGGCGCCGUCACCCAGAUCCACGACACCUUUGACUGGGCGGAGCGCUCUGGCAAGGGCCUGCUCCUCUUCAUCGACGAGGCGGAUGCCUUCCUCUCCCGCCGCGGUGCGGGGAUGAGCGAAGGCAUGCGCGGCGCGCUGAACGCCAUGCUCUUCCGCACCGGCGACCAGUCCCGCGACUUUGUCGUGGUCCUGGCCACCAACCGCCCCGCAGACCUGGACCCCGCCGUCAUCGACCGCAUGGACGAGGCACUGGAGUUCGCGCUGCCCGCCGCCGGCGAGCGGCGGCGCAUCCUGGACAUCUACUUUGACCGCUACAUCCUCAAGGCGGGCACUGCGCAGGGCGGCGCGGGGGCUGGCAGCAACACCGGGGUGUUUGCGAGGCUGGGAGCCUGGUUCAGGGGCCGCGGAGAUGUGGACCGCAUCGCCGUCAAGGGCGUGGACGGCGCGCUGCUGGACGAGGCGGCGGCCGCCACCGAGGGCUUCUCCGGGCGCGAGCUGGCCAAGUUCAUGGCCUCGGUGCAGGCGGCGGUCUACGGCUCUAAGGACGCCGUGCUGGACGCGCCCAUGUUCCGCCGCCUGCUGGACAUGAAGGUGGGGGAGCACGCGCAGCGCCGUGCCUUCAUGGCGCCCGAGCUGUGA